UCUUUACUUCUUUUCCUUCAUAUUUUUUUUUUCCUUUCCUGAGAGGUCAAGAGAGGGAGAUCAGAGAGGGAGAGGGAGACGUUUCUGGUGGGUCGGUUGCCGCUGGGAGGACGCUGACGCCGGCGAUGUCGGAGAGGGAUUUUUUCGACGUUUUUCUGGAGCCCAAACAGCGGUUGAUGUGCACUUGGGGGAUAAUGUUCACCUGGUAGUCAUCAAGAAUGCAGGGCAUGCUCACCUGGUAGUCAGCUGUAGGCCGGCCUGUAGCCUUAUUCAGUCGUUGUGGAUAUAAAGCAAAGAUUAAAAAAGAAGGCAUGGCUUUACAGCUCAACAACUUCGCCCUUCAAUCCCUUGCUCUCCGACCGGCGAGAGCUCAGAGAUCUCCCAAGUUUUCUAUGACUUCCUCUCCGUACUCGGGCGGUGCUAGAGAAGUAAAUGUUAAUGUAGUCCGUCGCAUGGCACCGGAAAAGACUGAAAUCUUCAAAUCCAUGGAGGACUGGGUCAAAAGCGACAUCUUAACUCUACUAAAACCUGUUGAGAAAGCUUGGCAACCACAAGACUUUUUGCCAAAUCCUACCUCAGAUGGUUUCUCUGAGCAAGUCAAUGAACUCAGGGAGAGAACGAAGGACAUUCCCGACGACUACUUUGUUGUCAUAGUCGGCGAUAUGAUCACGGAAGAAGCCCUUCCCACCUACCAAGCACUUAUCAAUGGCACCGAGAUAUUUCACGAUGAAACGGGUAGCGAUAACACACCUUGGGCAACAUGGGCAAGGGGAUGGAGCGCAGAAGAAAACAGGCAUGGCGAUCUCCUCAACAAAUACCUCUACCUUUCCGGACGAGUGGAUAUGAAACAAAUCGAGAAGACAACACAUUAUCUGAUUGGGUCGGGAAUGGAUGCCGGCACCAGGACAAGUCCCUGCUUAUUUACUAUCUACACAUCGUUUCAAGAAAGAGCAACAUUUAUCUCCCAUGGUAACACAGCCAAGCUUGCCAUGAAGCACGGGGACGAAAAGCUUGCCCAAAUAUGUGGCACAAUUGCCGCCGACGAGAAGCGCCACGAAAUUGCUUAUACCAAAAUAGCGGGGAAGCUUUUCGAGCUUGAUCCAAAUGAAACUGUCGUGGCCUUUGCCGACAUGAUGAGGAGGAAGAUAUUAAUGCCAGCCCACUUGAUGUACGACGGCCGCGAUGAAAAUCUUUUUGAUAACUUUGCAAAUGUUGCCUCUCGAAUUGGCGUGUACACCGCCAGGGACUAUGGAGGAAUAUUGGAACACUUGGUGGCGAAAUGGAACGUGGAGAAACUGAGUGGACUCUCGAGUGAGGGGAGAGAAGCCCAGGAUUAUGUAUGUGGAUUAGCUCAGAGACUGAGAAGGCUAGAGGAAAGAGCUCUUGCUAGGGCUAAGAAAGCACCCACCGUUUCCUUCAGCUGGAUUUCUAGUAGGGAGGUGAAGCCAUAGAUGCUUGCUACACCGUCACUAUACCCGCAAGCAAAUUGGAGGAGUCUGCAGUAAACCCAAUAUUCCCUUCUUUGUAUUUUGUCAUCUUACAGUCAUGUUUACUUAAUUGGUGUCCAGUUUCACAAA